UUCAAAAAAUUUCGAACUCUCUCGAAUCUCUCCUCUCUCAUAACCCGAAUUUCUCGCCCUAUAAAAACCAGACUCAGAUUCAAAUCUCCCUCAUAUUCUCUCCUCAUCACGCACACUCUCUAAGAAAUAACACGAGAUUUAAGGAGAUUUUUGAACGGAGCUCCGAGAACAACAAUCGGAUCUUACCGUUAAAACCACCGAAACUUCGGAUCGGCGGUGAAAGUUCGUUUUUCUGAUUAAAAAUUUCACUCAAUUUGAUAAUAUUCUCUUUUAAUUCUGUUUGUUUAUAUCGUAGCUUAAUUUUUGUGAGGUACGUGCUAAAAUAAUCAUAUAGACGUACUUUAAGUUUUGUCUGGUUUCUAAGAAAAUUGAGUGCAAGAAACGGAAAAUGUGAUUACGUUUAAUGUUUGAGGUUACCGGGAAACGUGAGGUUUUAAUGUUAGAAUUUGUUUUUCAUUUAUUUUCGUCUGUGUAUUGUGACGUGUCCUUAUGUGAUGUUAAUCGCGUAAUAACGUAGAAAAUUUUUGUGAUUUUAUUUCUUGUCUAUUAUUUUGCUUAAUUGAUGCAUAGUGAUGUUUGUUGUUUGUCUUUUUUAUGUGAAAUGUAUUUUUGGCUUGAGGAUGUUGGUGGUUGGAUAGGUGUAGUUGUCUAUUGAAUUUUGAGAAAGGAAGUGCUUGUGGAAUUUUAUGUAUUUUUCGUUAGGGAGACCUUGAAUCCACAGAAGUGAAUGUUAAAAAUCGGCGGAAAUUUAUUGUUUUUCCGUGGAUUAUUCGUCAACUGUUCUGCGGAUUUCAGAGCUCCCUUUGAAUUAACGUGAAAUGAACUUUCCGAUGAGCUGUUUGUGAUUACUAAUGUUACACGUACAAAACUAAAGAUUCUCAAGGUGGAAGUCCCGGGGAGAGUUUCUAACUUAGAGAGGUUCUGUAUGGGGUAUGUGGCACUCUUAUUUAACUGUUUUCAAGGUAGUUUAGGUCUAUAGUUUGGUGGUAGAUUGAGGUUGCCGUGAACUGAUUCAAAUUUUGAUGGAAAAGAAAAGAAAUGCAUUUUUCAUAUCAUGUUCUCCCUUUUUUGGAAGAUAUCUACUUAACAUAGGACUAACUUUCCAAGAUUUUGUUGGAGGGAUGUAGCUUAGAACAGUGAUGGCUCUUUUGUAAUUUCUGCUAUUUUUUAGCAUUUUGUUACUCUGGAGUUUUACAGGAAUGUUGUGAGUGGAGUUCAGAAAUCUUGUGGGUGGAGAAGUCGGUGUAGUUAGGGUCCUUUCUGUAAUCCUGAAGUUGUGCAGUGAAGGGUUGGGGUAAGCAUUAUAUUUAGGGAUUUUCUGCAGGAUAUGCCCUAAAUUGCAGGUGUUCAUGUGCUCAAGUUUGGUAGGUGCCUGCAUAAAGUUAGGUUUCUCGUGUUCUUCGUGGACAAUGCCAUCUUGACCAGCGUUGGGGGUGUAAGCUAAGCACAAAGAGCUACUUGUUUGUUUCUCGUGUUUCUAAACAUAAACAUACAAUGAAGCAGGGGGUUGAAACACCUAAUAACUGAAAUAAUGAUUAUGGCUUCACCAGUGAAUCUUCCUUCCACAGUUAGAGCUAGGUCUGUUAUAUCAUCCUUUCACCAGCCAUCAUGCUCAGAACUUCCACAUCUACUCUCUUUUCAUCCAACAGAAUUCGAGAUUGUUUACAGAAGAAGUUAGUGAUUGUUUCCCUGUGUCAUUUAUUAUCGAUGGAAACAUGGGCAAUAGGAAUUGAUAGUUUGUUUCUCCUUUUUUUCAACCUUGUUUAUACCUUGAACCUGGGAGUGUCAGUGUCCUUAGUCUGGAGAAAGGUGUGCUAUUUUGUUUGGGGAAAUUGGUAAUUAGAGGAGCAAGUUUCCUUCAUGGUUUGUCCCAUAAAGUUAUAAUUCUCCUGGUCAUGAUUUAGAUAGAGAGGGAGCGGCUGAGAUUCAAAUGGGCUGUCUUUGACAAGAGGGAAACCUCUGAUGUGCUGAUGAUAGAAUUUCUUUUUAAGUUUUGGUAAGUUCAAUUCUCAGAGGAGACUGGGUUUCAGAGUUGCUAUUUGAGGUUGCCAUGUCCAGAGUAACUGGACUUUGGUUCUGGGACUUCUUCAAGGAAUCGAGUGAUCAUGCAAUGCUAUUCUUACUAAUGGCUGAAGGCUCUGGAGUUCCUGAGUGCUGCAUUGUAGUUGUACUUAUAUAUCUUCUUGUUUUGAUGAUUCUUCUCUUGGAGUAUUGGUGAUUGGACUUUGGAGCUGUUCAGCGUUAGUUGGAUUAUGUUGUUGCUGAUUUCAAUUGAUCUGCAGACGUGUACAAGAAAGCUCAUGGGGUGUUUGGUGGCUUGAUCGGGUGCUAAAUAUGCCUUCUGAAGUUUUAGAAUCUUUUCUAAAUUUGUUUCAAUGCGCAGGUGUUCCAGGUUUAUUUGCCAACUUCUCAAUAGUUAUUAUUGCCUGAAGAUAUUGCCAUGGCAGAAGUAGAUAUUAAGAGUUUUGAUCCUCAAGAAUUCAGACUAUUUCAACAAAUGGGCUCAUGCUCACAGCAUUUUAAUGAAGAUUUCAUCUUCUCAGAAGAAUCAAUGAAUGUGGAAACUCCUCAAAUACUAGAUAAAGGAUUAAUGGAAUAUGGAUGCCUGCACUAUCGGAGAAGGUGCCGCAUCAGAGCACCUUGCUGUAAUGAAGUAUUUGAUUGCCGUCAUUGUCAUAACGAGGCGAAGAACAAUAUCAAUGUUGAUCAGAAGCAUAGACAUGACAUGCCACGCCAUGAAGUCAAACAGGUGAUAUGCUCGCUUUGUGGCACUGAACAAGAGGUUCAACAAGUUUGUAUCAACUGUGGUGUGUGCAUGGGAAAGUACUUCUGUGAGACUUGCAAGCUGUUUGAUGAUGAUACAUCUAAGAAACAGUAUCAUUGUGAUGGCUGUGGGAUUUGCAGAAUUGGAGGACCUGAGAAUUUCUUCCAUUGUUACAAAUGUGGCUGCUGCUACUCGAAUCUUCUGAAGAAUAGCCACCCCUGUGUAGAGGGCGCGAUGCAUCAUGACUGCCCUGUCUGCUUUGAGUUUUUAUUUGAGUCGAGAUAUGAUGUGACUGUCUUGCCAUGUGGACACACCAUUCACGAGAGCUGCUUAAAGGAAAUGAGGGAUCAUUAUCAAUAUGCUUGCCCUCUUUGCUCGAAGUCAGUUUGUGAUAUGUCUAAGGUAUGGGAGAAAUUCGACAUGGAAAUUGCAGCCACACCAAUGCCAGAACCUUACCUGAAUAAAAUGGUUUGGAUCCUUUGCAAUGAUUGUGGAAAGUCCUCAGAAGUGCAAUUCCAUGUAGUAGCUCAGAAAUGCAUGAACUGCAAGUCCUAUAAUACUCGUCAAACAAGAAGCUGAGCAGUGGCUGCAAGGACAACGCAGCUAGAAAAACAAACAACGGUGAUGAUGAAGACUUCUAUGCUGAAAGCAAUAAAAUUGCAUCUCGAUCCAUGUAUAUGUAUAUAUAUCCAUGGAUGUGGAAGGAUCUGAGAUCCUGUGGAGGGCUUGUGUUUUCGCUUUUCUUUCCCCGUUCGCUUUCCUGAUCCAUUUUGUCUUCCUUUUAUCCUCCCCCAAUUGAAUGACGUACUCAAGAAACCUCCAGUCAAAGUGGUGGUCAUGCGAAUAAAGUGUCCUCUUCCUUGUAUUUUGUUAGCAGAUGUUUAUAGGGAAAAUGAAAGUGUCGUAGUUAUGUCCGUGUCGGAAGGUGCUGUAGAUCAUCAUGGUUCGGUGCAGCAAGCAGAUAGUAGAUAGGUGUGCAUCAAAGUUCCAGCUAUCUUGUGUGGGAUUGUUGUGAUGGUGUGUGAGUGUUGCGCCUGAAAGUAUCGUGUGCACAGCUGAAAUAGGCUCCGGUGAUCAUCUUCUGCUUCCAACUUGCAUGAAAAUGGAAAGCGGUUUGCCUGUGAUUUUCAUUGCCAUUUUCACUGAGAGGUUUCAUCUAUUUGUCAGGGAUAUUUUAUGUGGUAUCCUGCAAAUUACUGUUUUGUUUCAUUAA